AUAAGUAAUUGAAACCCUAGGUACCAAGCAGGCUUCAUUUUGUUUCAACAUUGCCUCCUGGUCGUCGUGAUCAUAGAGAGGGAUAGAUCGCAGUCCCUUCCUCUUUUUAGCAGACAAACGAGCGAGUAGGCCAUAAGAGAACGGAAACUGAUGUCUAUUGGGCCUUUCCCAAUCUCCAUCCGUAGCAGCAUACAAUCAAGCAGCGCAGCAACUCCAGAUUCCAGCGAAGCAGACGCAACCAGAACCACCAUUGCAGCUCCGCCUCAGCUCCGGGGCAGAAGUGUAGCAGACCAGCAGCUCCGUCUCCAGCACAGAGAUUCUCACCAGCAACAGGCGCAUCUUAGAAACGAAAUAAGCAGAAUCAGCGAAGAAAAUCAGAUUUGAACGACAAAAGCUCGGUAAACAAGGUGAUUGUUGCUGCGGCAUUGUUUUCUGGCUAAUGAGAAUCUGGAUCUGGUUUGUAAAGCUUUUCAGUUUAUUUAGUAUCAAACAAAUAAAUUUAUACAGUUUAA